AUGCGUAGCCCCGACCUUGAAGAAUUGACUAUCGAGGGUCUCUGGGUCGAAGUUUGCCCACCGAAAUCGCGCAGCUUUCUAAUUGGGACAUUUUAUAAGCCGCCAACGUCUUCAAAUCAUGCGGUCAAAGACUUCAUGCCUAUAUUUGACAAUUGUCUUAGGCGUGCUACGGCUGUGGAUAAAGAGGCGAUCAUCACAGGUGAUUUAAAUUGUGAUUUAUUGCCAAAACGAGUCAGACUGUAAACAACUCAAGGCGCUACUGA